UGCUAGUAUGUGAUGCAAACUAGCACAUUAUGACCAGGGGCGGACUAACCAUUCGAGCACUCGGGCACUGCCCGAGGGCCCGGGAUCUGUAGGGGGCCCAAUGAAAUGCCCCUGGUACCUUUUAUUUAUAGGCUUUUUUGAGUGUGGGCAAGGACACAGGGGCCCCAUGAUCCCCUAUUGCCUGGGGGCCCCCAUGAGUUGUCAGUCCGCCCCUGAUUAUGACAUUACUUUCCAGGGGAUUUUUUAAUUUUUUAUUUUCAAGCUAUGCCCCCUCAGCCACCCCCCCCACCCCAAUACGU